AUGAGCUUGUCUGCCGAACAGCAGAUAUCGCAGAUCGCAUCACUCGCCACAGUCGGCGACGUCACCGCCAUCGUCUGUUUCCUCGUAAGGCCUCACAUGGGAAGCCAUUUUCAUAGGGUUGCAGCCAAGCCGCCGUUGUGGCGACGACCCGGCCAACUACACCUGCGCGAUUACAGCGGACUUUGGGCCUAUGAUGCUAUCUUCUGCAACGCUAGAGGACUGGCUUCGACUCUCAUGCUUGAAACGGAACCGGCAUCGCAGGAGCUCGCGCCACAAUUGCAUGAGCAGCGAGAGCAGUACAACAGAAGGCUCUGCCGAACGACAUGGCGGCGUAUGCGGACGUGAUGACGAGCAUCUGCCUUCCCGCGGCCGCUUGCAAGUGGCGGAGCAAGCCAAGCUAUCCCAAAUCCGGUAACCCGCACUUCACCCCACUACGUGCUGCCC